AUGAGUGUGGAUGCUGGGAAGAAGCGUGGCUGUGGUCCUGUCCCUGCCGCUGGGGAUGGGAAGCCUAAGAAGAAGCCCAAGAGAAAGGAAACCUACUCAAUCUAUAUCUACAAAGUACUGAAGCAGGUGCAUCCGGACAUUGGCAUCUCCUCGAAGGCCAUGAGCAUCAUGAACUCCUUCAUCAACGACAUCUUUGAGCGGCUGGCGCUGGAGGCCUCGCACCUGGCCCAGUACAGCCAGCGCUCCACCAUCACCAGCCGCGAGGUGCAGACGGCGGUGCGGCUGCUGCUGCCCGGCGAGCUGGCCAAGCACGCGGUGUCCGAGGGCACCAAGGCUGUCACCAAGUACACCAGCAGCAAGUGA